AUGGUGACGCUCCAGGUCAUGCAGUUCGUCUUGUACCAUGCGCGCUUCGGUGCAAACCACUGCUCCGUCCGGUGGGUCGCGUGGGCGGCGUACUACUUGCCCGUGCCAGUUGCUGUCCUGGCCGUCGCCACGAUGCUGCGGUUCCGCUACCCACCACCAUACUGGCUGGUGGCCAUCUUCUUCGCUGCCGGGCAGGCGGACACCAUGGCGGCCUACAGCCUGCUGCGCGACGGCGAUAAGCAGAGCGUCAGGCGCUUCGCCAAGCGGGCCCUGCCCUUUGCGUACCUGGCUCUCGUCUUGUUCCAUCGUGGAGAUGGAGCAACGACCAUUAGCAGCAGCCUGCGGCGCAAGGAGAUGUUCUCCCUCGUGCUGGGCUUCCUCGCCGUCCUCCAGGAUCUGAAGAUCAGCCGCAGGGCCAUGGUCCCUCCGUCGGAAAUCUGCAAGUUCGCUGCUGAUCACGCGCGAUUCGAAGCACAGCGACGACGGAGGGCAGCAUCACCCUUCGCAGAUUACGACGAUGAGCCCCAGCCGGAGCAGGACCGGCCAUCCGUAGUCGCGGUGGGUUCGCUGGAAUCGUACCGGAGUGCCGUGUCAGGAUGCACCACACUUGAAGACAUACGCACGGGGCUUUGCUCUUGCUCGCGACGGCUGGAAGACGCCUGCCUCUCUUCUGCCCUCUUCCUCCAGCUGCUGCAGCGCUAUGGCCAUGGCUACGGCAGGUCUCCCCAAGUAGCCGAGCGUUCGAGCGCCAACCGUGCUUUCACGGAUGUGCUUGCAGAUGCAGAGCAUUGGUGGGGGUGGGACGACAGAACCUUCGAAAUUGUUGAGGUACAGCUAUCUUUCAUGAAAGAUCACUUCUUUUCUGAAUAUGGUGGCUCGUCUUCUCGCACAUCCUACAGGCUUUACGUGGUCUACUUCCUCCUGAAGAUAAGCUUCUUGCUAAGUGUUCUGAGUUUGGUCACCGAGGAGAAAGAGACACCACGGCGCAGCACCUCUGCAAGCUUAUAUGCUCUCAUUUUGCUCCAGCUCUGUCAGUUUUUUGGUUACCUGAACUCAGAUCGGUUUCUAGUAUCAUACAUGUGUGAUCGUAGAGAGGAUCUAAGCGGUAUAGUUGAGGCAGCACCACUCAGCAGCACAGACAGCAUAUUUGUCGCGAUCCCCAUGUUCCUCUUUGAAGUUCUUGUUGGACACAAACCCAAGGUCCAUCUAGGGCACUACUCCCUUGUUGAAGAUUUUGACCGCACUUGCCUGAUGCAAAGGUUGAUGGCAAGCUUGAAAAGCUUUUUGCGGGUGCAUACACGUUUGCCACGAUGUUAUCCAGCUACUGCGCUUACCUGGUGGCGGAACGCCCCCGAGUUGCUGCAUGAGCAUCCCUCCUUGACAAGGUCGGUCCUCGAUCAGGUGGUGAAGGAAGCAAAGCUCUGCUUCAAAGCCGGCACAUCAUCAGAGGAGAGGUACGAGAUGCUGAGGAGCUGGCGCUUGGAGCUGAUGAUAGAUUACCCAUCUCAAUUCCGCGGCCUUCUCCCCCAGGGCAUCAAACUUGGCCAUCAGCUGAUGAUUUACAGUAUCUCUGAGCGAUGGAAGAUCAUGGCAGACUUCUGGGCGGAGAUGGUGCUGUUCGUGGCAAGAGGCGACGAGUUCAUCACUCAGCUCUGGGCCUUGCUGUCAAAUGUGUGGGACAGGACCUCCAUCAGACGGAACAACAACGAUGGCGACUCGACGGAGUUUGUGCGUCGAGGCGUUGGAAUCCUCCUCGAAGUUUUUGAAGCAGUAGACAAGAUAAUGUAG